GUCUGUGACCACUCCUUUCAGCUAAUUCGAAAACGGUCUGGAACCAUUUUUGGAUCUUACCAUUUCCAUUCUUCAACCAAGGAAACCCGGAGAGAAAAAGAAUUAGUCCCCUCGCUCGAUCAGUUUAAGGGUAUAUCUCAUUCACCAUGCAUGCCAAGAGUGUUCUCGUCGCCCUUCUCGGCGUCACGGCCAUCACUGAGGCCACCGCCAUCAGCCGCCCGUACGACCAGAUUAUGAACCGAAGAGCCGUUCGAGCUCUCAACACUCGACAGUUUGGCAAGGGUCAAGGUCAGGGACAGGCUCAGGGUCAAAACGCUCAGAAUGGUCAGAAUGCAGGUCAAAACGCUGGUCAGAAUGCGCAAAACAACGCCCAAAACGGGCAGAAUGCCGCUCAGAAUGCGCAGAACGCGAAGGCGAACGGCCAGAACAACGGCCAGAAUGCCAAUGCCAAUGCCAACAACGGCCAGAACAACAACAACAACAAUGGCAACAACAACGCCCAGGCCUCGUUGACGUUGGACGCCAAUGCCGUUCAGACUGGCUCGCAGCAGGACGGUAACCCGGAUGCCGCCGAAGGGGAGGCGGCAUCGGACACCGACAACGCCAACUUCAUCAACUUCUGUUCCGGUCAGACCCUGACCAACGGUCUCCAACAGAAGCAGGGCUCUUGUAACGGUAUUGUCAUGGGUAAAAUCCCUGCGCAGACCAACAUGGUCUCCAGUAUCUUGAUUAACCCUCAGCACAACGACAACAUCGCCGCGAACCAAGACUUCAACAUCCAGGUCCAAGUCGACAACUUCCAGGCCGGUACCUUCACUAACGCUGACAACACCUACUACUCGGCGCCCCAGAACCUCAACCAACAAGGAAACAUCAUUGGUCACACUCACGUUACUGUUCAGGACUUGGGUAACUCGUUGAACCCUACUCAACCCCUCGACGCUACCCAAUUCGUCUUCUUCAAGGGUAUUAACGACGCGGGUAACGGCAAGGGUCUUCUGUCGGCUACUGUCACUGGUGGUCUUCCCGCUGGAAACUACCGUGUCUGCACUAUGUUCUCUUCCGCUAACCACCAGCCUGUGCUCAUGCCUGUGGCUCAGCGUGGUGCUCAGGAUGACUGCAACAAGUUCACUGUUGGUGGUAAUGGUAACAACAACGCCAACGCUGGAAACAACGCGAAUGCCGGAAACAACGCCAAUGCUGGUAACAACGCGAACGCUGGCAACAAUGCCAACGGCGGUGCUAAGGCGAAUGCGGGUGCAAACGCAGGCAAGGGACAAAAUGGCAAAGGCCAAAGUAAUUCAACGAAUACAACAACUACAAGUUCUGGCGGUAAUGCUAACACCAGUACCCAACAGACUAAGAACCUUGGCGGCGCAGCUCCAGCUGUGACAAACUCUGGAGAUGCUAGUCGGCCGUUUGCUGUCAACGGGAACACGUUUGUGAACGAGGCGGCUGCAAAGCAGAGAUCCUGCGAUAUCCAAAACAAUGCUUGUAGCGACGCAGCAAAUGCUGGUGCUAGUUUCACACUUUCCGACUGCCAAGCGCAACAGCAAGCCUGCUUAGCGGCGGCGUAGUUGUGAUCUGGGGGAAGGGAACGACAUGAAACGGCAUCCCGGC